UAUCAGCAUAGCCCUCAAACCUUUACAAUACCUGCAAAAUACAAACUUCCUCAAAGACAACCUUUGUUUGUGCACUCUCUUCAAGAAUUCUCUCCCUCCUCUGUUUCUUAAAAGAAAAAAAAUCCUACGAGAGUCAUCAAUAAUCAUGGCUCUCUCACAUCCCAUGAUAAUUUUCUCCCUUUUUCUUACAUUUCUAACCCUCUCUGCUGCUCAAUCACCCAUGGCCUCUCCACCUAGGUCCAUGAUGGCCCCCACAAUGCCACCACCCACCAUGGCAAUGCCACCAAUGUCACCACCACCGGCCGCCAUGUCAUCUCCUCCAAUGAGCCCAAUGGCACCAUCCAUGAGCCCAAUGACACCAACAAUGACACCACCAUCCAUGAGCCCAAAGACACCAACAAUGACACCACCAUCCAUGAGCCCAAUGACACCAACAAUGACACCACCAUCCAUGAGCCCAAUGACACCAACAAUGAGCCCACCAGGGGACUCACCACCAGCCCCUGCAGAAGGACCUAUGAAUGGUGCAACGAAUACCGCAUCUAGUGGAAUUGUUCAAGGGGCCAUGGUGGCAAUUAUUGGGAGUGUAGCACUUUUUUUCUAAAUUGAAUUAGUCAUUUAAUUUCAUAUGCUUUUUCACUACUGUUGUAGAUUACAAAUAAUUUACUUAUUUGUGUACUAUUUUAUUUUCAAUUUCUUCUAGUGUUCUAUUUUCUUCUUCUUCUUUUUAUCUCAUUGUAUCGUUGAUUUUGUGUGGAAAGGUGAGGAAUUUGAGGAGGUCUGGUUGGAGAUUUUAUCAAAUGUUGCAUGCUCUAUAUGUGACAUUUUGACAUUUUAGCUUAAUAAGAUACUAUUCUCGCUUUCUUUCUA